GCGCCCGGCACAGGGAGGGUAUGCGACCCGGGCCAUCCCCGGGAGCUGUGGAAGAGCGUCUGCGGAGGCGACGGCGGGAGGCCCGCGCUGUUGCGGAUGGCGCACGAAGAGGGGGCGGUCGUGGACGGCGGGGAAGAAGGUGUGCGCAUGGUGGACGUCGAGGAGAAGGACUGGAAGGGACGGAGUGAAGUGCUGGUUGUGGACAAGAACGGGGUGAGGAGGAAACAUAUCAUUGAGCCCAGGAGGUUGCUCGAGCAGCAGCCACACUCGAGGCAGGUCAAGAGACACAAAACGGAUUACUGAGAUGGGUUGGAUAUAACUGGGGAUAUCAUUCGACUUGAACGGGGCGCUCGCCGGCAUGCAGGCUAUUCUCUCGGAGACAUGUUGACAUGUUGCUUGCAAAGUCCACUGUUUUGUUGUAGGAAAUUUUCUUGCACACAAGACCUCGGGGGUUUUCUGGCUUCGAAGCUGUUGACGGAGGACACUAGGCUGUAGUUCUGGUCCUGAAGUUAUAGAUAGUGGUCACUUUGAUGCCUGUACAUAACUACACCCGUGUGCAGGUAGCAUAUAGAUGGCGGAGCACUUAUCUGCACAAGUGAUACAUGGGACUGCCUUUGUCCAUUGACUUCAUUAAAUAUCAUAGCUUAAUGUUGAGCCAACCUUCAGGAUAUAGUUACCAUCAACUAUGUACGCAAUCUAAUGGAUAUGAACGCAACUAGCCAGCCUCGACACCGGCCCAGGUUGACACUUUCACAUUCCGACAUUG